GAUUUCCUGCACGAAAAACGCAAAUCUUGAUUGAUGCAUAGUGAUUUUAUCAAUUUUUCAUCAUGACAGCGAUCAAUUACAGUAAAUGGGACCACAUAGAGAUUUCAGAUGAUGAAGAUGACACCCACCCAAAUGUUGACACAGCAAGUCUCUUCAGAUGGCGUCAUCAGGCCAGGGUGGAGAGAAUGGAGCAAGAUAAAAAAGAAAAAGAAGACUUUGAGAAAGGUUAUGCAGAACAUCAAAGAAAAAUGAAUGAAAUCAAGCAGAAAUUAAAGGAAGCUGAUUUGAACAGUGAAACAACUGUAAAAGCUGAACUUUCAGAGUUGGAGGCUCAAGAGAAGAAAUGGAAAGAGAAAGAAGCAGAACUAAGGAAAAAAGAAAAGUUAACUCCCCUGAACGUUGACACCAUAUGCCAUGAAGGAAAAUCAAAAACAGUGAUAAAUAAACCAAUACCAAAGAAAGAAUUAACAGAAGAAGAGAAAAGUCAGAGACAUAAAGAGUUUGUUGAGAAACAUAAAGCUGAUGCUAAGAAGUUUGGCAUGUUGCGUCGGUUUGAAGAUAGCCAGCAGUUUCUCAUUGACCACCCUGAGCUUGUUUGUGAGGAGACAGCCAAUGUACUUGUCCUCUGGUGUAUAGAUCUUGCAAUGGAGGAGAAAACUGAUCUUAUGAACCAUGUGGCUCAUCAAACCAUUGUGAUGAACUUUAUUAUGGAGUUGGCCAAACAGAUGGACGUAGAUCCAAGAAGCUGUGUUCGUCCGUUCUUCUCCAGGAUUAAACUUGGAGAAAAGCAGUAUAUGGAAGCCUUCAACAGUGAAUUGGAUGCUUUCAAAGAGAGAAUUACAAAAAGGGCCAAGGAAAAGCUACAGAAGGCCAUGGAAGAAUAUGAAGAGGAGGAAAGACAGAAGAGGUUAGGACCAGGAGGACUGGAUCCAGUGGAAGUCUUUGAGAGUUUACCUGAGUGCUUACAAAAGUGUUUUGAGUCAAAAGACAUUGCAUUACUACAAAAGACCAUCACAGAGUUACCAGAGGAGGAGGCUCGGUAUCACAUCAAACGCUGUGUUGAUUCAGGUCUCUGGGUCCCUGAUGCCAACAAGGCACCAGAGGGCGCUCAAGAAGAGGAAGUCUACGACAAAGUGCAAGAAAGUGCCGAUGGGGAUGAAAAAAGCUUAAACAAACUUGAUUGAGGAAAAUGAAAAAAAAUGCCUAAACUCUAGCAUGCUUAAAAAACACUGGUCCUCAAAAAUAUGAAGAAUUUUUGCAUCAUUUAUGUGCAAUUAUUUAAGAUAUUUCAGUGCUCAUAAACACAUUAUGUAAAUUUCUGGUCCCACUAUUUAUCUUUUUGAAGAUUUAUCUGUGUCCAGAUACAUGUGUAGUAUUUACCUUUACUUUGAGUUCUAUUUGACAGUUUAUUGUGAAGGUAAAUGUUUCAGGACAGACAGGGACAUACUCGCAACUCAAAUAUAAAAUUGAAUAUGAGCUUGCCAUCAUUGAAAUUUGCCAUUGUUUGGGGCAUUGGAUUCACAAGCACAUGUUGUUUAGUGUUUAGUGUUUUUUCUGUAAAAGUACAAAAACAACAAUUAAUGUUAGUCUGUGAGAAUUGUUUUUGUCAGAGAUGGAAAAGAAUUGUUAAGUUUUAGUUUUGUGAAUGAUUAAUUGGAGAAAGGAAGUGGCAUUUGAAAAAUUGAAGAUUUCUUUUUGAGUAGUGGUACAUGUAUUUUGCUUGUACAUGUGUUAGAUAAAUGUUCUCUUUAAUUUACAUACAUUAUAUGUAUAUGUAGGUAUCUGCAAAUUUGUCAUUACUACACUAGUAUUUCAAGAACAAAGCAUACAUUUUUACCUUACCUCAAGCAAAUCUUCAUUUUUUUGUGAUCUGAUAAUGCAAUUUUGGCAUAUUUGUUCCAACAAAGAAUUAAAUGAUUAGUUUGAAAUGAGUUUUGUCUUGUGAAGAUAAUGCUGAUUUUCCAUGAUCAUUCAAUCGUUUGAUUAGUAUUACGAGUUCAUUAACAUGAAUAGGGAAAUUAAUAACCCAGAAAGAAGAGGAGUAGUGCAUGUGUACCUGAUCAGCAAAAAGUUUUUAUCUUUGAAUUGAAGUUCAUGUUGUUAAUUUCCUAUGUAUUUAUUCACAUCUGUAAUUCAUCUUGGCUGUUAAAACCAUUUAUUGAAAUAAACUUAAGAAGUCAC